UAUCCUUCGUCGUCGCCACCGCUGCUGAAUUGAGAGACCUUGUCAGGGCCGUUCCUGCCGCCCCCGCCGGCCACCAUGUCCGCCCAGGCGCAGAUGCGGGCCCUGCUGGACCAGCUCAUGGGCACGGCCCGGGACGGUUCAGUGUAUCUUUGCCUGCCUACAUCAAUCUGCAAGGGAGUUGCAGAAAAGCCUCAUGUUCAUCGAGCCGAGAUGAAACCAGACAGAGGGUGAAGUUUACAGAUGACCGAGUCUGCAAGAGUCACCUUCUGGACUGCUGCCCUCAUGACAUCCUGGCUGGGACGCGCAUGGACUUAGGAGAAUGUACCAAAAUCCACGACUUGGCCCUCCGAGCAGAUUAUGAAAUCGCAAGUAAAGAAAGGGACCUGUUUUUUGAACUGGAUGCGAUGGAUCACUUGGAGUCCUUUAUCGCUGAGUGUGAUCGGAGAACUGAACUUGCCAAGAAGCGGCUGGCAGAGACACAGGAGGAGAUCAGUGCAGAAGUUUCUGCAAAGGCAGAAAAAGUACAUGAGUUGAAUGAAGAAAUAGGAAAACUCCUUGCUAAAGCUGAGCAGCUGGGAGCAGAAGGAAAUGUGGAUGAAUCCCAGAAAAUUCUUAUGGAAGUGGAGAAAGUCCGUGCAAAGAAAAAAGAAGCUGAGGAAGAAUACAGAAAUUCUAUGCCUGCAUCCAGUUUUCAACAGCAGAAGUUGCGUGUCUGUGAAGUCUGCUCAGCCUACCUUGGUCUUCAUGACAAUGACCGUCGUCUUGCAGACCACUUUGGGGGCAAAUUGCACUUGGGGUUCAUUCAGAUCCGAGAGAAGCUUGAUCAGUUGAGGAAAACUGUGGCUGAAAAACAGGAGAAGAGAAACCAGGAUCGCUUGAGGAGGAGAGAAGAGAGGGAACGGGAGGAGCGGCUGAGCAGGAGGUCUGGAUCAAGAACCAGAGAUCGCAGGAGGUCACGUUCCCGGGACCGGCGUCGGAGGCGGUCAAGAUCUACCUCUAGAGAACGACGAAAGCCUUCCAGGUCCCGGUCCCGAGACCGACACCGGCGUCACCGCAGUCGUUCCCGGAGUCACAGCCGGGGCCACCGCCGGACUUCCAGGGACCGGAGUGCGAAAUACAAGUUCUCCAGAGAGCGGGCGUCGAGGGAGGAGUCCUGGGAGCGAGGUCGGAGCGAGCGUGGGGCCACCGACUGGAGGCUUGAAAGCUCCAACGGGAAGACAUCGGAGGAGAAGGAGGCUGGAGAGAUCUGAACCUAUGCCUGGGCGCUGUAAAUAGUCUGAUAAAUGUUGGACACAGCCUGAAGUUACCCUUUAUAUUUGCUGAAUACAACUCAUCUUUUGUAGUUUAAAAUUUCUAUUGUUUUGGAGCUAGCUGUGAGUUUCUAGAGAUGUACAGAAUUACUCCUGUGUUCUGCGGUUAUGUUGAGUAGGAAUAAAUAAAUCUGACUGACUGCCUCCUGAAUGCUGCAA